GUUGAGCCUAGAAAGCGCCGCAGCGGAGCAGAGAUGGCCACAAACCCGACGAGAUCCACCGGACAGCCCGCCAAGAUAAAGAAGGAUGAGUCGCUGCUGGGGAAGCUGGGAGGGACACUAGUUCGCAAGAAGAAGAUAAAAGAAGUGAGUGACCUCCAGGAAGAGGGUAAAAACGCCAUCAACGCCCCUCUCCUGCACACCAGCCCGGAGCUGCUCCCUGAGGAUACACUGCUCGAGGAAAAUGCAGAAAGGACUAUUCUAGACCCCACAUCGAGAGAAGACCUCAAUUUCAAAGACCUGCAGAAGGUUCUGAUUGACUGGAUCAACAGUGAACUGGAAGAAGACCGAAUCAUCGUGAAGGACCUCGAGGAAGAUCUGUACGAUGGACAGGUGUUGCAGAAACUCUUCGAGAAGCUGUCGGGUUAUAAGCUGAAUGUGGCAGAAGUGACGCAGUCGGAGAUCGGACAGAAGCAGAAGCUGCAGACGGUUCUGGAGGCGGUGAAUGGAGUUCUCCGACCGCUCGACUGGAACACAGAGUGGAGCGUCGACUCCAUACACUCCAAGAACCUGGUGUCCAUUGUGUAUCUGCUGCUAGCGUUAGCCAUUUACUACGCAGCUCCCAUCCGCUUACCUGAGCAUGUGUCCGUCCAGGUGAUCGUAGUCAAGAAAAAAGAGGGAAUCCUGCAGACGGCGCAUGUGACCAAACAACUCACAAGCACCACAACAGAAAUGAUGAUCGGAAGGUCAGAACGUGAUGCUUUUGAUACUUUAUUGGAUCACGCGCCUGAUAAACUUAAUGUAGUGAAAACGUCGCUGAUCACAUUUGUGAAUAAACACUUGAACAAACUAAACCUGGAGGUGACAGAGUUGGAAACGCAGUUUGCAGAUGGUGUGUAUUUGGUGUUGCUGAUGGGACUAUUGGAAAAUUACUUUGUGCCGCUGUACAACUUCUACCUCACACCAGAAAACUUUGAGCAGAAGGUGCAUAAUGUGGCAUUUGCAUUUGAGCUGAUGCAAGAUGGUGGAUUACAGAAACCCAAAGCUCGACCAGAAGACGUGGUGAACUUGAAUCUGAAGUCGACACUCAGGGUGCUCUACAAUCUUUUCACCAACUACAAGAACUCGGAGUAACACUGGAGCAGCACAAGCGCAUCCCUGCUGUUCCUUUUGUAUGUAAGAAUGAAGUAUUUUGUAUAAUUGAGCUUAUUUAUGCCCAGAAUCGAAUGUAUUCAGCUUUAUUAUGUGCAUUCAGCUCAUUUAAAUAUUAUAUUUUUCUCGCAUUUACUGUAUGCAAACGAGGCCUGCCGCUGCUUUAAGCACUACACACCGAAAAACGUCUGAAUGAUUCAUAAAAGUGCAUUGUGUGUUUUAUUCUAGCAGAAUUGCUGUGAUUAUUUCAAAUAAACAGGUGCUUUCUA